CAUCAUGGAUGGCAAGUUACCGCCAUGGAAUAGUCAUGGAAGUCAAAGCAGCAGCAUUCCCUAUACACCAGGGGAAUGUCAGGAGAAGAAAGAGUCAUAUACAGUACAUGUUUUGAAUGACAUGAGGGUGAAUAAGUGAUGACAGAAAAUGUAUUUUUGGGUAAAUAUCCCUGGGAGGAUUUCGGGAGUCUGAGCAAAAGGUUGCACCCAAUUCCUUAUCUCUAAACUUAAAGUCAGCAUGAAAUGGAAGUUAGCGACUUUUUUUUUCGUAUCGUGACUUAUACCCAAGUGAAACGACUUCUGAGAUGAGAAACAAAUGUAGGGCGGGACUUGAUUUCAUCCACCGACAACUGAUUGGAUCGUUAAAAGGGCCGUGACUUUAUAGGAGAAUCCAUGCCGUCCCUGUCAUCUUGUAUGAGUGGAGCGUUUAGGGCUUUGUUACCAGAUUACCAUGGAACAUCCUCAACCACAAAUUGUGUCAAAUAUUCCUAUUCUCCUGAUGAUCAUUGUGUAAUCAGAAGUGGUCCUGGAAUGAGUUACAUUGAGAACACAAUAGAGAGAAGGGAUAAACUGGAUUUUAUGAAAGACCCUUCAGACGAUGCAUCAGUCACACAUAUGCUUCCUCCAAAGUGUACGCAGUAUGUGCCACAAGAAAAGUACAGAGAUAUGGACCACGGAAACUCACAUAAUUGGACGUCUGUCAUCAAAGAUGCUCUAGAGAUGAGUAAUGGAAUGGAAAUGGGACAGACUUUAUCGGCGAAUGUCUGUGGCCCCCUAGUGGACUUGAAUCCUGUUUAUAAAGAACCUCAAUAUAAAGACCUUAAACCAAAUAAGAAUCAGCAUGGGCGAGAAGUUAAAAGAGGACAGGACCCCUUUGGUACUGUGUUGUCAGAUGGCAUCAGCAAACGUUCAACAGCAAAUGUCCAGGAAAUGGUGAUGAACCAGAGGACAAACAUCUUUGCUGAAGGAUCAUCUCUAAGCCGAGAGGAACUUGGAGUAACUGAUAUCAGAGGACAUGAGUCAGUUUCACUAUCAGGAUAUUAUAGUUCACACACUCCUCAUUCAUUGGAAGGUUGUAUAAGAUAUGAUGAGUUUUCAGGCAGUCCUUUUGUCAAGCAGCCCGAGGAACCCACUCUACAGAAAACGUCACACGAACCUGGGCUAUCAUGCAGCCCUAGAAAAACCACAAAGAUUUGCUUUAAAGAUGCAAAAGUAAUUCAUGAAACCAUUUCUGACAAUUCUGCUAUAUGUGGUCUUCAUAAUUUUGAUGCCCAAAAGGGCAGUCUACAGACAGAGGUUACGGAUGGAAAUACAUCAGUUAAUUCACAACCUUAUCCUUCGAACUAUAAUGAUCAAGAGGAGAUGGUUCACCAAAGUAAUGUCUCUGACGCAAACCUCUUUGUCAGUAAACUGGAAAACAAAGUGUCCACCUCACCAAAUGUGGAAGGGAUUGAGGGCAAUCUGUCCAUGCCAGAACGAAUUGAAACUAAAGGGUCAGUUAACACAAAAAAUACUGAACUCAGUUUGAAGGUGCAAGCAAAGUUUGCUCCUGAAAUUGUUUCCUUUUCAAAUCAGAACUCAUCUUCCAUCUCAGAGAUCAUUUCAGAGCGAUCUGCUUUUUCCAACAAAAUGCACAUUGAUGAUGAACGUAAGGAUUCUAUACAAGAACAAAGCGAAAGUGAUGAGGUUUGUUUUCAAGAGAACAAUUUGAAGAGUGAGACAGUGACAUUAGAGUCCAUAGAUGUCAAGACGGAUGUAUGUGACCUUCAUGUUGAGGAGAAACAAUACCCAGCAGAUCAAGGUACGGUACUCGCCCCAUCUGGAGUAAAAACACAAAAUUCUGAAAGGUGUGAACAGACAUUUUUCAACAAUGCUAAAGAAAGCAGUUAUCAUUCAACCCUACAUAAUCUACAGAAUAUAUUGCAAAGGUACAAGAAACCAAGAAAACGAAAAAAAUCUGAGCUUGAGGAAUUAAAUGGACAGAUAGAUAAAUCCACUAAAAUAGGUCACUGUUCUCUGCAUGAAUCAGAAACAUUGGCGGGUGCUGUGAAACAAGAUGCAAGUGGAUGUGAAGAAGCUGAACAUGACAUGACUACAUUGGAAAGGGACAACUUACUUAAAUAUGAUGUAAGCCCACCUUCACAGAGUGGAAAAAGAACUCCAAAGAAAAGCAAAAUUAUGUCUGUGGAGGAACAUUUUGUUACACAGAGUUAUGUACCUGAAUUACCAUGUGUUUCACUUGAUCAACCUGAGAGGGUGGCAGAUACAGCAGAGACCUCACAAAACCCUGGUUACAGCAGCUCUGAAGCUUUUCAUGAAAAACAUGCACCAGAUGCUGGGAACAUAAGACAAAUGGAUAAUAGGAAUAAACCAUCAAAACCUGUCAGAAAGGCUGUUUACGGAAGGAAACGGAAGAGGAUUUCAAAGUUACGUUUAAAAGCAAAAAUCUCAACUAUUCUUAGCGUGUCCCAAAGCAAUAUGUCAUCUCCAGAAGAGGACUUUACAUCACAUUCUCAGGUCAUCUCUAGUCUACAGAGCAGUGAUAUUGAAUGCAAACCAGCAAUAUCACGAAAAUCCCCAAACAAGAAUACUUUGCAAACAAUAAAUGAAGCUCAACACACGUUACAAAGCAGCGAAGAUUCACCUCAAACAUCCAAAGACUGUCAAACUGCAUUUUGGGAAGAUAUUCCCAGUUCUCUUGAGGCCGACCACAUGGGCUUCAACAUAAAGAAACUUCAGAAGGCAAGAAGACCUGCUAUAAAGGCCUUUGUGGACAAAAAUGAUACAACUAGUCUUCUGGAUGGAGAGUCUUUAGUAGACUCUGUUAGUCAAACUGAUUCAACCUUGCCGACAGACUCCUCAAACAUUCAGAGCCCUCAGAAUAACCCGAGGAAACCAAGACUAAAGAAAAGAGCAGAUGUCAACGAGGUUGCUGAAACAUUCCAAGAGAGUCCAGCGGUGUUCCAACAAGAGCAUACCACAUCGCCAUUAUCAAAAUUUAAGGAAAACAUGGAAACGACCAAGGCCACAAGACCUGUGAAAGGAAAAAGACCUGUGAAAAAGGCUUUGAGAAAGAAUGUAAGUGAUGAUCAUGAAACCGCUCUUUUGGAUGUACAGUCUUUCGCAGCCACUCUGGAGCAAGAUUUACUUUCAACUGCAGAAAGCGAAGCAUCUGCCAAAAAAGUCCAAAAAAUGGACUCCUCAAGCAGUCUAAAGAAGUCAAGAAAAAAGACGGUCACCAAAAUCAAAGAUGAGGAAGAGCAAACACUAGAGGUAAACCAUACUGAGCACCAGCAGGAAGAUCAGUCUACAAUACCUGAUCCCAUCAUUGCGUCUUCUGCUGCACAGAUGACUUUAAAAUCCAAAAGACCUGCCAAAAAGGGGAGUAGACACCAACUGGAGACUGAACAUGCAAGUGCUCUUUGGGACAUGCAGAAACAAGAAGACUGCGUUCCAACAUCAUUUGUUCACACAACACCAAAAAAAUCCAAGAAAAUCUCUGAUAUUAAAGGUAAUGCAAUGCAUAUACCUGCAGAUGAUCAAACAAUGCCCCAACAAAACAUUUCAUCUCUACUUCAAGAAUCUGAAGCCAGCAUUGUUCCUCUGAAGAAAAGAAGAUUCAGAACACCGCAAACACUUGCUACAAAUGAUUUGCUUUACACAGCCAGUCCUGUUCAAUCAAAUGAAGGGAUUUCUCCAGCCAUUAGGAAUCCAGCUGAUUCAGCCACAGAAACUGACUAUUUUAAUGUGUUCAAUCGACAAAACAUAGUAAAGAUGAAAAGAUCAACAAAGAAAAUGACAAGACGCAAAAAAAAUCUUAUUCAAGCAAUCAGCAGUUUCGAAGAACUGUCCUGUCCAGCAACUGAGCAGAAACAAAAUUCUGUUGUAACCAGAGAGAAAAAUAAGAAUCCAACACUAGAUCAUCACUUUGAGAAGGACAUUGUGAAUGGAACAGCAGAUCAGGGAGAAAGCCGUGUGUUUGUCUCUGCUGAAGACGUUACAAGCAUUCAGAGCUCCCCGAAGAAGCCAAAGAAAAACUGGCUGAAGCAAAUAGAAAAGAAUGAGCAAGAAUUACAUCAUAGCAUCACUGAAACAGCAAAUAACUUUAAGCCAGCGCAGGAAGUAGACACAAUGUCAAAUCUUCCAUCUGUUUUGAAGGAGUCAGUCUCUGAGACUUCAGAACCAAACAUCUGCGAGCAGAAGUGGAAGGCUGCUAAAAGGAAAUCGAAAAGGUCCAAGGAAAUUGCAGAAAUGAAUGUAUUUACUCUUUCCCAAACUAAAGUAAAAACUGAAGCUGUUGAAACGGAUGUUAUGGUCACCCAUAGAAACAUGCAAAAUGUCUCUGAUGGUCAGACCGUGAAAGGAUUACAGUGCUCUGAAAAAGAUGGUUCUGAGGUUGACCAGAAAGACAGUUCAAUCAAACACGAGCCUACAAUAAACAGACCUAAAGUCAUUAAAGCUCCCAAGAAAAAGAAACGAAAAGCUGCUAAAAAGAAGAGGAAAAUACCAAGCAUGUUACCUCACAGAAUUAAAAAAGAGCAAGAAAUAUACACUCCCUAUAACAGAAUUGCCUGUGAUGUUCAUACCCAAAUAUCUGAUAACAAAACGAAGACAUCAGUUCUACCAGAAGAGCCAGUGAAGUCAAAUAUGUUCAUCUCAAGAAAAUCAACCCGUAUCAACUCAGGUCUAGACGUUAAAACUGCAUCAGACCAGGUCAACAGCACAGCCACUAUAGACAUCACUGAGAGUUCUACAAGACUAAAGCAGAAUCUGUCUAGUUCCAUGCAAGCUGAAGAUUGUAAAGACCUAAGCAAUGUCCCUGGGAUUUUAAUAAAGACAAAGAAACGAGGAAGACCCAGAAAACACAAGUUACCAGUAGCACAUUUAGAAGAAAACAUCCAGGUCUCAGAUCUCUCUUCACGUCAAGGCAGCACUGAAAAUACCAUCCAAACAGCAACUAAUCCAGUCAAGCUGAAUUUUGUUCAACGCCUUAAAAAGAAAAGGGGAAGAAAAAUGAAGAAAAGGUUAACUGUUAAACAGUUAGAAACUGAUCCCUCACAACAGAGUGUUACUGAUCCGAGUAACAUAACUUCAUCACAGAGCAUCUGUAGACGUGGAUGUAAAAAGAAUAACUUGAAAGCACCAGGUAGAAACGUCAGGUUAUCCUCUUUGAGAGUAUCCAGCAGAAUAUCCGAACAGGGAAAAGCUGAAACAUCUUCACUCCAACAAAAUUCCACAAAAGUGUUGAAGAAGGUAUCGUUGAAAACAUCUAGACGGGGGACAGGGAUGAAACAAAAACUCGGUGUCAAAACAACAAUACAAGACAAAGCUGUGUCGGAUGUAAAGAUUGAACAGAUGAAUUGUGGAAAACCUGGUCGGAGAGGACGGCGAAGGAAAGUGCAGUGCUUUGAUGAUUUACAAACCCAACUUGAACCAACGCAACAAUUAAAUGAUGAAAUGUGUGGCUUACUUCCUAGCAAUGUGGUCAAGGAGGAGGAGCCCGAACAAAUUCUUUUGGAUGCAAAGAUCACAGCAUGUACUCAUCUCAGAUCAGAAAAAACACCCGAGACUGAAAUCGCUAAUAAGGUUGUGAAAGUGGAUGUCUUUACGCAGUACAGUGAAAAACACGUUGCAAUGCCAAACAAGAAAAUUGUCUCCAAGACUAAAGAAAACGCAAAGAAACCUCUUAGAUGCAAAUACUGUGGAAUUUCAUUUCGGCACAUCACAGCAUUCGUCAUGCACCGACGCAUUCAUACGGGUGAAAAGCCCUACAAGUGCAAGUCCUGCGGUAAAACUUUUGCUCAGCUGUCUAAACUGAAGUCCCACCAAAACGUACAUAAGCAAAGUGACGCUUUCCCAUGUCCUUGCUGUAACCAAAUGUUCUUGAAGAGAAAAGAUUUGCUGUGUCAUUUUAAAGUACAUCUUCAAGAAGUGAAAACAAAAUCUGAGCAGAACGAGAGAGCUACUUCUUCGGUUGUGCCUUCAAAAAAGCUAAACGUCGGCCACGUUUGCAAAAUCUGUAAGAAAAACUUUGUAAGCCAAGUCAAAUUGCUUACUCACAUGGAAGUGCACGAAGCAGAGAAGCCUUGGACAUGUAAAGACUGCGGGAAGAGGUUUUGGAAUUCUUCUAGCCUCGCCGUUCACGAGAAAAGCCACUGGCCUGUUAAGCCGUAUGCUUGCUCGAUCUGCGGGAAAGGUUUCAACCUGCUCAAGGCACUGAAAAAGCACUCUCGAGAGCACACGGGUGAGAUGCCGUUCUCCUGCAGUCACUGCGGCCACGCAUUCAGUGCCCUGUCUGCGCUUAGGAUGCAUCAAGCGUCCAAAACGUGCGUCGCGAAGAGAAGUGAUGGGGAGAGUUGUGACGUUGAGGGUUUCAUUGUGAGUCAAGGAGCUGAGGGUCAAGUGAACACACCGGUUUUCUUCAAGUGCCAAAUAUGCAAACAGCUCUUCAAAAAAUGGUGCCAGUACACUCUUCACCUUCAGACUCACACCAGUUCAUCUCCAUACCUUUGUUUUUCUUGCGGACAGUGUUAUGAGAAGGGUUCAGAGGUCAAUGUUCAUUGUGAGGUGUGCUGCCAGUCUAGCGGGGAGGAGAAAACGUGUGGAGGGUCAGUCUCUGAAAUCUUGCAAAGCUCUGAAUUGCGUUCAAACAAUACCUCGGAUUCUUUACAGAGUACAGGAGAAGGGGAAGGUACACAAACAAGAGCCAAUGACCUUUCAGAAUUUUUGAGAAGAGAUGCUCACGAAUCACCCAUCCAACGCCCAACUGCCCAAUCACCCGCUCACUCUGAAAUAAGCUGUACCUCCUCUCUAGAAUGUAUUGAAAUCUCUCCAAGCCUUUGGAAAUUUCAGUGUUCACGUUGCGGUCAGCGUUUCGAGCGAUACAGAACGUUAUGCGCUCAUAUGCAUACCCACGCUCCUGCUUUCAGAUACACAUGCGGACAAUGUGGACAAUCCUUUGAGCGGUGGAGUAAACUUUGGUUGCAUCAGCGACGUCAUCACGUGAAAGGCCGUUGCUACUCUUGCGCACAGUGCAGUCUGCAGUUUCGCUUCUUUAGCUCUUAUAAAGAGCACAUGUUCGAGCACGCGGGCCAGAGACCGUACGCAUGUCCGCUAUGUCCCGAAACCUUCAUCCAGGAGGAAAGUUUACACGCUCACCAAUACGAGUCUCAUCAGCUUCGUGAAAGUCUCAAGUGUGACGUCUGUUCUAAGACCUUCAGUAGUUUAAGAAACUUAGUCAAGCACAGUCUUCUGCACAACGGUUCUACCUCUCACGCUUGUCUCCUUUGCGGUCUCUCGUUCACAAAUACAAGAGCAUUACAGCAACACUUGAACAAGCACGCCGGUUAUCACGGACUGCCGCUGCCCGACGUCCCCUCAAAACCGCUUAGUUUCCCCCAUCAAUGCAAGAGAUGCAAAGCUGGUUUCUCGACUGGAGAUUUGCUCUACGCUCAUCAGAUAUGUCAUUCAAGGAAUGCAAGAACUAAAGUCCGUCCAGAUGUUCAGUCUACCUCAAAAGCAUCAGUUUCACAAUCCCUCUCUCAAACAAAUCACGUAUCGAACCUCAAGCUGGAUGGCGUACCCAGUGAUAAAAUAAAUGUUUAUUCCCAUCCUGACAGGCUCUAUCUGACCCCUAGUUUAUUCCGAGAAAGACAUCGAGUCAUUCGUUUGGACUCUAAUGGACUCGUCUCAGACUCCCACAAUACCAGUCCAGAAAUAAACUCAAAUCCAUCAUCCAGCAGUGUAGAAUCUGCAGUCAACUCUCAAAUUGACAGCACACAUCUACCUCAGGACACAUCGAGUCAAGAAACCACAAACUCAGAGUCAAGCAUUAAAGACAUGGCAAAUGAUAGCAUUCAGAAUACAAAUAAAACCAGCCAUAAGCAUCAGAGGUCUGUGUUUGUGGAGACCAGCAUUAACAUGGAGGUUGAAACUGUCCAUGAAGAGUCAGAGGAGAGUUUUGAAUGUGCAGAUUGUACUGAAAAACUAACCAGUGUUUUGGGCCUUUACGAACAUUACAUACUUCAUGCAUUUGGGGACACAUAUGUACAAGUACAUUGAUGGUUGCUAAAGCUUGUUUCAAAGUAUUGACAGAAGGUAGUCGAUGUUUUAACAUGUUGUUUUGAAAAUGCAUGUUUUUGUAAGAAUUCACUGACAUGUAUCAACACUGUUCUCCGUUUCACAAUUCUGACGUUUGGUUUGCUUUUGCAUUCUUGAAAUAGAUACUGGCUUACAUUGUCAUAUGCUUUAGUUAACUUUUUUGUAUCUUGAUGACAAAAGGUAGCAUAACAAGCUCUUUAAACCCUCAGGUUUAUGAUUUGAAGUCUUUUAACAGGUUGUGAAAAGUUAAUGCUUACUAUCCACUUCGAGAUACCAUAUCUCAGAGUUAUGUCACUUUGCCUUAUCAGUCAUUGCUGUGCUGUCCAUUCAUCUAGAUCUCUCCAUAUGUGCCUUCAGUGAAAGGUUUGGGUGUGAGAUUUAAUCUUUACUGAUACAUAUAUAUUUGGUUCAUAUACUGUAUAUACAUUAGGGUCAUUUAAAGGAUUUGUAAAUAGCUUCGCUUAGACCUACGAAACUCUAACCUGCUAGUCCUGUCCAUGUAAAACGCUAACCUUGUGUUUACAGCACAUUCCAACAUAUUUUGUAUAAUUGAAAAAGAAGUGUUUGGAUAAGGAAGAGGUUUUUCCAGACCAUUCUUAUAGGAAUCUAGGUGGCAAAUAUAUAAAUAUUGUAAAAAUGAAAAUGUGUAGUUCUGCAAACAUUAUAUACCUGGAUAAAGUUAGCUAUGAAAGGAUUGGUUUGAAAGAAACUGUUUCUGUUCAGUUUUUUUUAAAUAAAAGUACUAAUUGUUAUCUUUUUCCUGUUGUUACUAAAUAUAUUUUUUGAUAAUGCAGGAUGGAUGAAUUAUAGACAGUCCUGCCGGUUUGCUGUUUC